GGAAUCACGCUUGUCGCUGUCCAACCCCUGUCCUUGAAGAGAGACUGGACCUCCGGCAUUGCCGUCAGGGUUUACGACUCCACUAUAGUAUUUCUCGAAGGCGCCUCUUUCAUCGGCAUUGACCAUCCCUCGAAACCAGCGGUCUGCGUACACGCCUAUGCGAAACAAUCUUCCGACCUAGUCCCCCGGAAAGAACUCUAGAUACGCUCAUCGCAUUAAUACUGAGCGAAGCCGCCUUCACCAUGUCAACGACCGCCGCCCAAGACGAGUUCAAUGAUCUGAUCGCGAAAAACACUGCCCGCGAAACACUUCACCAGGACGAUCGCAACGAUCCAGACUUACGACAGCACCAAGACACCACUGAGGAGGACGACUUCCGUCAAGGACAGAUCGCCGACGCCAUGCGCGCACCGACCGCCGACCUUCCGAUGAUCCGCCUGCCACCUGCAUCAUUCGACGAUGGUCACACGACAGGCGUCAAAGGCGUCAUCGCCGACGCGCGAAGCUACGAAAAUGCACGCACCAAGUCUAAAUGGAGGACCAGAGUGCAUGCUGCCCGGCGCAGCAUCUUCGGCUUGGACGGGAUGGCGCAGGAGAACACAAUCCACAAAAACAGAAGCGACAGCGAGUCCGAUGAGGACGCCCGAAGCGGCAGUGACAGAGGAGAUGAAGAUUCUUUCCUGAGUCAAUGGCGCGAGCACCGCAGGCGGGAGCUCGAAGCUGAGUCCGACAAGGUCAUCAGGAAUCGAAGAACGAGUCCCAGUGUGAGAGAGUACGGGCGGUUCGACGAGGUGGACGCGCUUGGAUAUCUCGACGCUAUCGAGAAAGUUCGUCGGGAAACGGUGGUAGUCGUGUUCGUAUACGACAACGAGUGUGAAGUAUCCAAGGAGAUAGAGUCGGCGCUGGUACCUCUUGUCAAGGAGCAUCGGGCCAUUCAUUUCGUCAAGGUGCACUACGACGACAUUGAGUUCGACCCUGCCGCCGUACCGUCCAUCUUGGCCUACCGCAACCAAGGCGACUUGUUUGCCAAUCUUACAGGUGUCAUCGAGAUGAUUCCUGAGGAUGAGGACUUCACCAGCGACUCAUUGAAGCGAUUGUUCCAGCGGUUUGACGUCUUAUAGAGGCUUGCAUACGACCUCGAGGACGUAACGUCUUCCCUGGGCAGACGAACUCCUUGAUACCCUUGGCUGUCUGUGACCGGCCAAUACUGUCUGCUGCUCAAUUCCUUUUUUUUUUUUUACGGCUGCCUCUGAGAGGCCUAGUGAUGAUAUCGGUGCAUUGGAAAACACGGGGCAUGCUAUUUUAAGGACCCGGGCGUGGUCGGGAAAAAUGCUUGGAAACACUGCUGGCGUUGCGCUCUUGAACAUUUCACGCACUGGAUACAUAAUAACGAAUAUUCCGCUAUCUUGAGCACACCGAGUCCUCCG